UCUGGAUCCGCCCCUGAGCCAGGCUGACAGUAAGCAGUUAUCAUACUAGUGGGAAUCUAGGAGUCUACGCUCAUGGAAUUCCGUCACCAAAUUAACCAGAAAACACACAGCACUAGUAGCUUAUUGAGAUACGCCAAAAAUCCACGCCUGCAACCAAACGCUGGUCUAAUAGAAGAAUAGAUGGUAUGUGGCGCCACCCAGUGUUCAGACAGUUACUGCACAUGUCUGAUAAACUGCUACAGGUAGCUUCGCCUUUAUUAUUAUAUGUUAUAAUGAAAGCAUGAGUGCUGGAACAUUUACACUACAAGCGGUGGUCUCAGCUCUGCACAACAUUUACAUUCAGUAUAUAUGUAUUCUCUGCAACAACUCACUAUAAAAGUAGAUUCUGGUAACUAUUGCACGGGUGUGGUUCGUUGGUCGACAAACAUUGGGCGGAUCACGUUUGGUCGACGUGUUUUAGGUUGACAUGACCACUAGGUCGACACUCUUCGAAAAGUGACGUCACAGGUUACCGUUCCUAAUUGUAGUCCACGUGGAUCGUUAAGUAUGAAAAAGGUAAAAAAAUGGAGAGAAAAAAUUGCGAAAAACUCAUGUCGACUUAAUUAACAGGUCAGUUGCAAUGUAGCAAGUCUCUGGCAGUAAAUAAUAUAGUCCCAUAUUGGGUAGUAAAGGACAGUUCAUUAUAUUGGCACUCUGCCUCAAAGGGAUAAAGUCCAGCUUUUAAAAGUAUUAUUGGCUCUUUGGUAUAAUUUAUAGGAUCCAAUUAGCGAUGGUCCAAGGCAUAAGAGGUUUACAACGCAAGAAGUUGGUAUCCUGGUCCUGCAGCUGGUAUACUGGAAGUCCCAAUGAUGCAUGCUGUCCAAAUAUGGAGUAUCUCCUUCCAAUACUGACCACUGACCCUGCACAGGUCACUGACGCGUUUCGCUGCUGGUUUGCAAAUUGAUCAAAAGGGAACAACAUUUGACACGGACAAACAAAUGAUCUAGGUGUGGUAGUCACAUACAUUCUGCAUCAAAUAGAGUCACAGAACAUUAGGGGUAUAUCCAUACACAUGGGGAGUGGCCAUUUUGUCUAUAUACAGUGCGGGAAUAUUCUCCUUUUUAAUAGACCUGGAGUGUGGCAGAUUAUUUGAGCUAAUCCUAAUAUUGAUACAUUAUUUCUAUCUUUGUAUUAUGUAUAGUACUGCAGAUGUAUAGGAUGCUCUCUAUGCCGGUAAUCUCUCAAUACCGGCAUUGAGGUACAGGGGGCGGGGCCACGAUGACACGAUCAUGUGUCCAUGCCCCGACUCCACCCCUAUGCAGCAUCAUUGACCCCAGUCACGCCCCCUGACGGUGCACCAUGCCCCUCCCUGUGCUGACCUGACUGCCCUUUCCCGCAUGGGGCAGCCAAAAUAUCGGCAAACAUGAGAUAAAGUGGAGAAGUUGCUCAACGCUACCAAUCAGCUUUUAACUGUCAUUUAUCUGCACAGUCUUUGAAAUGACAGGAGCUGAUUGGUGCUUUGGGCAUUUUCUCCACUUUAUCUCUCUGUAGGGCUUGGUACAUCUCCCAAUGUAUGGGCUCUGUAAACAGCAUUGCGUCUCCCCUAGGAACUAUUGUUGUCUCUAAUUUCCUAAUGCAGUAUAUACUAGUAUUUAUCACCGUGCCAUUACAAAUCAUGGUGUAGAAAUAUACAGUACCUGCAAUUCAUUGUGAUAGCAAACCGUGUGGCCCUUCCUGUAUGUCAGAGGACUGGCGCAAUUCUGCCGAUUUAGUCAGCAGAUUUAAAGUGGCAACAAUUUAAAAGGCAACACCAGGUUCCAAGCACUUGAGCUUUGUACCUGUUGUCACCAGGGUUCCGGGGGUUUCCCUGCAAUCCAUGAGUUUGGGGAUAAGUAGAGUUUGUUUGGUUCCUACCAUCGUAACUUUGACUAGGCCACAGAACAAUGGCACCUGUGCAGAAGAGCUGACUCUCUGCAUCCGUAAGGACAGCAGCAGUACUGUAACAGAAGCCCCCGUGUGAGCCUGUUGUGCAAAGUGCUAAAUGUGGUUUCACAAGUCAGUCUUUCCUCUUCAGCUCCGGGCAGUGCUUGUGCUGACCACGGACCUGUGCCUCAUAGUACACUUCCUCUUCAGACGAGGACGAGCCCUCGACACUCUGAGCUGGUUUCCACAUGAAAUGUCUGCUUAAAAAACAAAGAUCUAUAAAGGGGAUUCUGCCCAGGCCUGCAAAUGAGCGACUAGAUGCAGGAGGCAUAACUGAGGGCAGGGCGGCAUCACUGCCAACGCUAGAUAUAAACCUUACGGUCGGCAUACGAGUUACUCCACACGGCGAAAAAUGAUUUGGGGUUUUCCAAUCUCCAUAAUGGUCCUGGGUCUCUCUAUAAUAGUUCUUGAGAUAUUGGACAUAAUCGUCGGGUCCUUUACUAUCAGAGGAGGUGACAGGACUGGUGGUUAUGUCAUAAUACAUCAGGGCCUUAUCAAUGCCUUUGGAGGCGCUGCCCUAGGACAAGAAGGAUGUGAGAAUUGUUUACAACUGAACUCUGGGGCCCUCAUUGGAAUCGUCAUCUGUGACAUCAUUUUUACCAUGCUGAUCGCCGCUAUGGCGUACUGUGUAUCAAGCAAAAUACAGGCAAAGAAAUACCAGGAAAAACUAGAUAAACAGAAGAACAAUGCACCUGGAAAUGAACCUACAUAUGAGCAACUACACGGACAAAGGAAUGAUAUUUAUAAUCAACUGAACACAUUGCAACUUUCCUAAUUCCGCUCCAGUGAAACUUAAACCACUCAGUGGCAUUAUUUUAGAGCACAUGCACGUCAUUCUCCCCUGUGUAUAUACUUUACUUUCUGCAGCCAGGAUCGUGCCGGAUGGAUGAGCUGAGCGAAGUGCCCUGCUCGAUGGAUGAGGCCUAUCCAUUAAACAAGGAGGCAAAGCAUGGUCAAAGGAGGCGGAAAGACACUUAUAGCAUGCAGUGGGGUAUUAAGUGGGGAUGGGGCCCGUGUCCAGUCUCCGUCCAGGCAUCCCUCCUCCCUAUCCGGCAGCGCUAUAGUGAGCACUAGUAGAAUCCGGUGCUAUGCUACAGUCUGCUGCCCAUUCAUGCCAGCCAUUUUCCCGGCCAUUUUCCUAUUGCGCAUUCGCGAUAUCCCUAUUGCACUGCACACCCUGCACCUGUACACCACUGAUAGCAUGCCACCUGCAUUGUAUUCUAAAUAAUUGAUUGGCUUCCAAACUUUGACAAACCCACUGACCUUAGGGACAUUGGCCCUCAUUCCGAGUUGUUCGCUCGCUAGCAGUUUUUAGCAGCCGUGCAAACGCUAUGCCGCCGCCCACUGGGAGUGUAUUUUAGCUUAGCAGAAGUGCAAACGAAAGGAUCGCAGAGCGGCUACAAAAUUUUUUUGUGCAGUUUCAGAGUAGCUCCAGACCUAAUCAGCGCUUGCGAUCACUUCAGACCAUUCAGUUCCUGUUUUGACGUCACGAACACGCCCUGUGUUCGCCCAGCCACGCCUGCGUUUUUUCUGGCAAGUCUACGUUUUUCCGAUCACUCCCUAAAAGCGGUCAGUUGACACCCAGAAACGCCCUCUUCCUGUCAAUCACUCUGGGGCCAGCAGUGCGACUGAAAAGCUACGCUAGACCUUGUGUGAAACUAUUCUCUUUGCCUGCCUACAAUAAAUACUUGCUGGAGGAAAAGGUCAGAAGCUCCACCGGUGUUGCAACCAUGUUGCAUAAUAAAUCAGGGGGCAGAUGUGGCACUUAUUUAUUUUUUCUUAUAAAUAAAAAUUACUGGACAAGAUUUGCUCCCUCA